CGCUGGGGAGAGCAGAGUGAGAGGGAGUAGCUGGAACUGGGCAUGGCUUCGGAUGAAUUGGCGGCGAAGCUGCAGCGGCGCCUGGACAUCGGGGAUCAGCAGCCCGGCUCGGAGCCUGAGUGCGGCUCAGGCUAUGAACAAGGCGCCGAGGAGAAGCCGGCGACCGCAGCGGCGGACAAUGAGCUCUCGGCCAAGCUGCUUCGCCGCGGGGAGCUGAACGAUGGCUCCGCCGAGCCGCAGCAGCCGAGCCUCCGCGUCUUUAACCCGUACACGGAGUUCAAGGAGUUCUCCCGCAAGCAGAUCCGAGACAUGGAGAGCAUGUUCCGGCGCUCCUGUUUCUCUGUUGCCUUUCUCCAGUUCCUGCUGAUUUUCCGGAAGGCAGCUGCAGGAGAGUUAGCUGAAGACAGUGGUUUGCACAUUCUGGCCCAGUUAUCUGAGAUCGAUGUCUCCACAGAGGGUGUGAAAGGAGCUAAAACCUUCUUUGAAGCCAAAGUUCAGGCAAUCAACAGCGCAAAUCGAUUCGAGCAGGAGAUCAAGGAGGAGCAGGAGGAGAAGAAGAAACAGGCUGAGCAGAAAAGGCAGAAGCAAGCGGCCUUCAAGGAGUUACAGUCAGCAUUCAAGUGAAGGCCACAAUCCUGCCAGCUGGCAAUGCACAGCUGCUGGGAAAGGAGAAGGAUCCAGAUUCUAAACCUGCCAAAUCUUCACAAAGGCAGAGAAAACUAACUACUUUUAUUUUUAAUGAAUGGGGAUAGGGAGGGGGAAGGGUUUUGUGGGGAGCAGCUGGAGUACACUUGAGGUAAUCCUCCGCAAUGACCAACUGAACAGGAUCGAGUGAUCACUCAAUCAUUUCCCGCUCUGUCCUCAGGAUCAUACGCCACCAGCAAAAGACGGGGUGCUGGCUGAAUGGGGGUACGGGGCGUGCUGCUGUAUGGGAAGAUCCCAACCUGUGCUUUUUUUAAUUGCACUGAGGUAUCGGCCUGUUGCUUUCCUCCUGCUACUGAUCUUUUUUUUCCCAAUGGUGGGUCUGGGAUGUAAGGGGGAUGAAAUCCGUGUGGUUGGAGGUCCCAGUUCACAUUUUAAAAGGAACAUCUUGCUUGGCACAUUCACCGGUUCCUGUUUUGCCUGUUUUUGGAAUGGGGGAGAAGGGGGCUGUACCAAUUUUACCCUCAACGCUGCCCACUCCACAGACGGGCCUAGGGAAGAGGCUCAUCCAGGAAGCCAAGUUGAUUCCUGCUCCCCAAAGAAAGACUGACAUAACUCCUCAGAGGCUAAGGGGACAUUUCCAGCUACUUCCACCUAACGGGGACAAUCAAAAGGAAAUGGUCAAGCACAAUGGUCCUGAGAUGAUCCUGAGACCCACUCAGUUGUUUGUGAUACUUUUACAGUCAAGGCCAUAACGUAAGGAUCCCUUGAAUCAGGCUUGAGUUUUUUUUUUAAACAGCACACCUCUUGCAAAGUCUACGUUUUAAAACUGCUGGUAGGGGAAGGGUGUGGGAGGAUCAAAGAUAAACAGUUGGCAAUAAAUUCAACCACUUGGGGAUUAUGUUUUAUAUAAAGGAUCCUUUUUCAUGCUAGUUUACUGAUUUACUCUGGGAUUGGCUCCAAGGUGCCAGGCAAGAUAAGGGUUUAUUUCCUUGUUGCAACUGCUUGUGGGGGUGGCACUGAGUUCUAUUCGUCCCUGACACUUCCUUAGUGACUGGGCCUGGGUGUCCUGGCAUUUAGCACCAUUCUUGAAUGGAUUGUGCCUCUUCACAUGACCCUGGUCUAGUGUGGAGCUUGUCUCAGGCUUCAAACAUGUCUCAAUUGCAUCCACAAUGAGGUCUUGCUUCAUGUAACUCACUGACCCCCUUUCCUCAACCCCCGGCCCCUGCUCUCAUCACCUGACUCAUUCGUUCAGAGCAGGCUCUCAGGUUGAGGCCGGUGGUUUUAGUCCUUAACACUGUUCAAACCAAACUUUAUUUAUUUUACCUCAAGAUCAAACCAUCAGAAAUUAGUAGCCUAUGGAGGAGCUUUUUACCUGAUCUGCAUUCAAUGCCACAGUUGUACCUUUUGGGAAGGGGGUAGGCACAGAAAGGGUCCUACUGAUCCACAGUAACAGCUGAUUCUCAACACGAGGAAGCCUCCAAGACCCCAGGAGACCCUGGGCAGGACCCGAGUUCCCUCUAGAUUCCUGAUUAUUGGGUGAGGAGGCAGAAGCAGAUAGGCAUUGGUCACUGUGGGCAAUAUGGUGGCUCAGUGGUUAGCACUGCUGCCUCACAGCGCCGGGGAUCCAGGUUCGAUUCCACCCUCGGGCGACUGUCUGUGUGGAGCUUGCACGUUCUCCUUGUGUCCAUGUGGGUUUCCUCCGGGUGCUCCGGUUUCCUCCCACAGCCCAGUGCAUGUUGGGUGGAUUGGCCAUGCUAAAUUGCCCAUAGUGUCCAGGGAUGUGCAGGCUGGGUGGAUUAGUCAUGGGAAAUUCAGGGUUAUAGGGAUAGGGUAGGGGUGUGGGUUUGGGUGGGAUGCUCUUGGGAGGGUCGUUAUGGACUUGAUGGACCAAAUGGGCUCUUCUGCACUGAAGGGAUUCUAUGAUUCAACGUUGGAGCUGGCAUGCAGACUCCCACUGGAGUUCAAUACCCAGCAGUAUUGUGGGGGGUGUGGGAGGGACAGGGUAUUUGAGGUCUCAAGCUUGCUGCUGAUGGUCUUUGAUCACAAACAUUGAUAAGUCUCAGGUCACCCUCCACAUCAGGGGCUGUAGGAAUGGAGUUCCAUUUUAGCAAUAACAUUCCUUAGUGAUUAGCAUUUUCAGAUGGAAUUAUUGACCAGUUCCACUUCCAGGCUCUUGCUCUUGGCAAAUGAAGGCAGACAUUACAAUCAGUGCCCUUAAUGUAAAGCCAUCCUCUGAAGCUCUCUGUAUAUAAUGUGUAGGUGUCGAGCAGUGAGGAAUACAUGGGUCUGGGAGGCCACUCUAAUGUUUCAGGGGGUAUGGGGUGAAGGUGCCUAACUUGUUGCUUUGGGUUAUUUUAACCAGUCUCUCUCUCUCUCGAGUAUUAUCACUGUGAUGAGUUUACCGAUGAGCUGUGCAAUAUGUAAACAGUCAGUCAGGGGGAUCUCUAGUCUGUGCUGUGUCUUCCUUCAAGCUCUCGUGAGCAGUGUAGUGACUGCUCAAGGUUAGUCCCUGCUUUUCUGACCACCCCACCCCUGUACGACAAAACGGGAACCUGGUUUUCUUCUCUAAACUGCCAGUGCACUGAGUCGACAAUGUCGUUAACCUUAUGGGUGUCUGGCUAGUUCCUGUUCAAGCCUCCUUUCCUGCCCUGGUCUCCUCAAACAGAACACAAGACUGACUAUUGCCUUUUGUACAUGCUGCUGUGAGAGAGCAGUGCUCAGCAAUGUUAAACCAUGUGGGCCUCCUGUGGCCUUUUGAGCAUGAACCAGGAGCUGUACCACCCUGGAUCAGAUGGGGGGCUGCUGAUAAAAUUACCCAGUACCGAGGGAGGCCCUUUGGCCCAUUAGAUCCGUGAUGGUUGUUGAAAGAGCAUUUCAUUUGGUCAUGUGGGCUGUGGCAGUUCUCACAUUGGUUCACCAUAGAAAUGCCAGGUGUGUAUUUAAAAGCAAAACUGUAGAAGUGCCUUUUGCAAGGAAGCAUGUGUUUGUGAAACUGACACAUUGUCCUGUUCUGGAACAGAGUCUUGUUUCACUGUGACAAAGCUGUCUCGUUCCGUUUCUUAAAAAUUAAAGUAAAAAUUGGGCCGCUUACCAAAAAUAUUAAAAAUCAAAGUCAACGAUUCAGUUAUGUCUGGUUAGCAGGGAAUAUUUCAUAUUCCUGGUUCCCAAUCAGCCUCUGCCUGUUCCCUUGGGAAUCUGUGAUUGUGAGUAUUCACACAGCUAAUGUGGAAUAAGUCUCUGUAAAGCCCUGUUUGUUUGAAGUGCAUUGUUUGAGAUGCACCUGUUUUAUUUGUAUAGUAAAGGGAAGAAGGUUUUGGUUGGUAAAUACACAGCUCAGGGUGAGACUGCCAUACAACAGGGUGAUGAAUGAGAUCGUAAGAUGCUGGAAGCCUUAAACAAAACAGGAAGUUUGGGAAACAUGCAGGGUCAGUGAGUUUCUACAAGGAGAAAUACUCAUGGUUCAACCCUUUGUUAGAAAAGGGUUAUACCCAAUUAUUUUUUUCUCCUUUCCCUGGUAUUUCCAGCAGUUUCUGUUUUUUUACGCCAAAAAGUCCUGGAUGUAUAAAGUGAGCAUAUUCCAGCUGCAAUCUCUGGGGAAAGGGGCUGAGUUCAGCGUGCGGUUGGGACUGGUUGAUACCGUCUGCUCUGCCGAAACUCUACUGCAUAGUUAACAUUGGGACUGAUCCCUGUCUUGUUCACUGUCACAUUAAUCUAUGUUGAAUGCUGUGUUGUGUGUGAUGUCAGUUUUCAUGUUAUGAAGACAGUCACAGAGCAGGAACUAAUCUUCACAGGCCCUCUGGGUGGGUCCUUCAGCUUUUGUUUGUGAACUGGGGGAUUGGGGAUUUGCUCAGCUUUUGAGCCUGGGUCUGGACCUGGCUCAUUCCUACUCUGGGGGAAUGCCAUUAACUCUUGGACAGCUCUGCUAUAUUUUGUUCUCCUUAUUUACUUGUGCACAGUACACUGGCUGUGGUCAGCCAGCUCGGAGUCAGUCCCCUGAACUGAGGAAGUUCUAAAUCCCCUGGUUUUAUUUUUUCCCUGUCCCCACACUACUGCUGAACAGUACCCCCCCCCCUCCACUCCUCCUCCUCUCCUCCCCCGCAACACAGCAUCCAUGUUGUGUGUGUGUGUGUGUAUAAGUGCAGGGACUCGGUGAAGACACCAUUGUGCAAAUAAUUUUAUUCAAUGCUUCCACCAUCAGGAAAAACACCCAUGUGACCAGGGAACUAGUAACAAGCAAAGUCCAAUAAGGACAAUGCUGAUAGCUCUGUUUUAUGACGUCUCAGCAGCCUGUGUGUCACCUCAUGGGUUUCUGCAAUCAAAUUCACAGUGUCAUCUGUGGGGACUGCCUUCCUGAGCCUUGGCUACUGAUGUACACUCUCUACCCCAGCAUCACCAAUACUCCCCAUUGAUACCUGCAAUAGCGCUCCGUCACUUCUCACUGAGCUGUUCUGUGUCUGUCUCCCCUCUUAAGUGUCUUGGUUGUGAAGUGGUUUGGACUUACUGAUGAGUUCCAGCCACAGCCUGCCUUGAUUUGGUGUGGUAGGCUUUACCUACAUCUUGAGGUGUUUUCUCCUACUCCUUGCCCUUAAGUUGCAUCUGUCUUUGCAUGAUUGACUUUCACUGUAUCUGGACUAUGGAGGACAGGGAGUGUUUUUAGACUCAGUAUGUUUCCAGCUUUCUCUGCAUGUUUGAGUCUGACUGUUUAUGUGGGGCAUGUCUCUGUCUUAACUCUCAUUGUGUGUGUGUGUCACCAUUUGGAGAAUCUGAGUUUUCCCUAUGGAAUUUUGCUUGUGCUCUGUCCUGGAAUAGGAACUGAAUAAAGCUCCCAGAGCAGCCCAUGGCAAUGGGACAAUAAAGUAGGACUUGAAGUCUGGAAGCAGAAGGGAGAAAGGAAAAGACUUGCGGGAGCCAGAGAGAGAAAACUGCAGCUCACCGACUUCCUCCAGCACCAAUGAAUGAAUCUGGAUAAAGUUUCCAUUCUGAAUGUUGCUGCCAUCUUUUGUACAUUUCACCUGUGUGAAUACUGAAAAAAUGCUGUAUUUUCUAUAAUGUUGUACUGUCAAUGUCUGAAAUUUCUUCACUCGAAUGAAACAGAAGUUGUGUGAAAGAAACUAUUUUUGAUUUUCUUACCAAAAAUAAUUCUAAUUAUACAUAUGUUCUAAUAAAUAAAAUGCAUCUCAAGUUUUAA